AUGAGAAAUAGUCUUAUUUAAGAGAAGUUACUUUAAUAUCAUAACAGCUAGAUGUCAGAUGUACUGAAAUAUUUGUUGAACUCCAACAGUAAAAUAACUAAUCAAUCCACAAAGUUACCUCCAUUAUCUAUAACAGAAUCAAUAAAGAAUUCACCAAAACAUAAAAGAUCACGAAUAUAUUCCUUAAAUCAAGACAUCACUUAAUUUGAAACCUCUAGAAUUGAUUUAACUUAACAAAUUGAGAAUGGAGAUUAUACAUUUAAGGAUUAAAUUUAAUAAUCUACUGCAAAAUAUCCAAAAUUGAGGAUGCCAGAAUAGACUGAGAGAUCUAUAGAUGCAAGUCCUUCGCUUUAAUCAAAUAAAACACUCAAGGUAAUUCAAAAAUGAA